CUUAUUUCCGAGUGAUUGCUUGUCCACGCUGGGAAACUGGACUCGAGCACCAUCCAGCAGCAAAACUCCCCAUGUUUCAUGUUUUUAGGUUUUCUUUAUCCGCUGAAGACUUCCGCGCAGACGGUGUUCCCAAAACCACCACGCCUGCGCCCAAUCGCGCCUUGUUCUUGAACGGCUCCGCGAAAGGAGCCAACGCCGAGUGCACUUAACUUGGGCACGUGCAACUUCCAUGCCCUCAUGAACCCGCUGUGAUUUUCAUCCACAACGGCGUUCUUUCCGGUUUUAGCCUCCCGCGUUAAACGUCGAGUCGAGCUACAUCUGGACCAGACCCCCCGAACGCACUUCGCUUCGACCAGACUUAUUUCAUUCGUAUCGCCGUCUUACCCCGCGGUUCAUCUUCUUUCCGACCGCCAUGGACUCACCUGGCGCUGGCCACGAGCCGCCGACUGAUUUCCCUCCUCGAGAAACCCGACGACCUUCACAGUUCAACCCCGCCGUUCAGGGCGAUGAUCGGGCAUCCGAAGUCCUCCAGUCGGCUGAUGCUGGGCGGAGGCCAGAAAGUGGGUACCAGCGAUCAACGGCCCCGCAACGUGCGCUUGGCAUUGUGGUUGUUUUGGAAUCAUCAAGGGCGCGGAAGUCGGCUGACCUCGUUCUUUCUACUCUGCAGAUUCAACCCGUAACCCAAAUGCUGGAAACCCUUUGCGCUCCGACGGAGACCCGUCCCCAGCUGCUGACCUAGCUAUGCCGCGGUCCAGCCAAGGAACUCCGCGGCCACGCCCGCGAAAACCGCCCAUGACGCGGCGCGCGUCAUCUAACGCCCAAGGUCCUCACCGAGGAGGCGUUUUCUCUGUCGAUGACGGCAUUGCUGAGGUUGAGGCUGAUGCGGCAGUCCGUCAACAAAGUUACGCGACCUCACUCCGGAGGCGAGCUGGCGCUCCGCCCGCACUCGCGAGAAUCCACUCACGUCAAGACGAAGACGACGACGACGACGACGACGACGAAUUAGAAGACGAAGAUGAUGAUGCCGCGAACAAGAGACCUGAUGACCGAGUUCCUGAAGCCAGUAGCGGUAUUGAAGACGAUACCGGAGGAGGCGCACUCGAGGCGAACCUCCCGGACGACACGAUGCCCGUGGACGAUGACGGGAACAUCAGCGAUGCCGAGAGCUUCACGCUCAAGGAUCGUCAACAGGCAAUCAAUCAGACACACCCAUUUGGCAUCAGGUUAUGGAAGCCUGCCUUAUACAAGAAGAGCCGCUCGGUGCAGAAGAACGCCGAGGGCGACAUUCACUCCUCGCCUGGCGGUCAUGUCAGCACCUGGCUGCUUUUGUUCAAUAUCCUCUGGACGCUAGCGUUUGGUUGGUGGAUGGCCCUCAUUGCCUUCACAGGUGCCGCCAUAUGCUUUCUCUUUGCCGCCGCUCCUGGCGGGCUGGAGUAUGGGCGGGUUCUGUGGGGUCUGGCGGGAUAUCUUUUCUACCCGUUUGGCAAAUUUGUCCGACUGGAGCAGCAAGAAGCCUACCUAGACGAGGAUCAGGGCGAGGGUCGGAGCAUUAGCGAGUAUGAGCAGUGGCAAAGCGGUGAUUUGGAAUAUGGGCGUCUGUUUUUCGGGCCCGACAGAAACCGCUCCAUCGUUGGGCGGUCUCGGAGAAGCCUCGACUCGGAGCCGGACGAGACGGAGAGCCUGUUGGGCAGGAGUCGCGGACAGGUGUUUGACGACCAUCUUCCGCGGAUGAAGCGAAGGCUGUUCGGGCGCGGAGAGUGGAACCUCGGUCGCGUCGUUUUCUUCGCGUUCUUCUACUUCCUGAUCACGCCUUCUCUGUUUGCCGUCUCGGCCAUCUGUUGGUUUCUGGUUUUCACCAUCCCCAUGGGCAAGGUGACAAUGCUCUUAUUCUCCCAUCUUCGACGCCACCCGCUGGCUUUGUCCUUCGAGUCGGACAUCGCCUCCGCCCGGGCACCCGCGGCACCCCAUUCUUCCAUCUUGGUCUGCACCUACCGGGCGGUCGGACGCAAGUACUGGAAGUACACAGUCGACGGAACCAACAUCUUCCUGAUCAACCUGAUGGCCAUUGUAAGCUUUGUCAUUUUCGACUGGCUCGUCCUCGACGGGCUCCUUCACAUGCAAAACUUUCUCACGUCUCCGGCUUUUCUCUUUAUCUCUGGCCUUCUGUCCAUCAUCCCGCUCGCCUACUUUAUCGGCCAGGCAGUAGCGUCCAUUUCGGCUCAGUCAUCGAUGGGUCUCGGCGCCGCCAUCAACGCCUUUUUCUCCACCGUUGUGGAGGUAUUUCUUUAUUGCGUCGCCCUGCGGCAGGGCAAAGCCCAGCUCGUUGAAGGCAGCAUCGUUGGCAGCAUCUUUGCAGGCAUACUCUUCCUACCGGGCUUGUCGAUGUGUUUUGGCGCUAUCAAGCGUAAGACUCAACGCUUCAACUCAAAGUCGGCAGGCGUGACCUCGACCAUGCUGCUAUUCGGAGUCAUUGGUGCCUUCAGCCCAACCCUCUUCUACCAGAUAUAUGGUACCCAUGAGCUGACGUGCCAGGAUUGCUUGAACUUUGGCACGCCCGGUGCUGGCGGUGGGGUCUUGCGGGAUUGUCGCCGCUGCUACUUCUCGCAGACUCCGGCUCUCAGUGACCGGUUCUAUAUUGAGGUGGUGCGCCCCUACUGUUAUCUUGCCGCUGGCACGCUGUUCAUGUCUUAUGUGAUUGGCCUUUGGUUCACGCUGCGUACGCAUGCCGCUGUUAUCUGGAACGCGGAAAUAGAGGAGAAGAAGCACGAGGAACACCACAUGCCUCACCAGACGCCUCGGCCGUUAGGCAACCCAUCUACCGGAGAGGCCAGCGCCACCGACAUCCGGGAUUCGCACCUGUACAAGCGCAUACUUGGCCAGUCUCUGCGGCAGGUUGGCCAAUCCCCCCUCCCGGACGACGAGACGCGGCAAGACACACCACUUCUAGGCGGCGGGGCCAACAGCACGCCUCACGUUGUUCCGCCAAAGCCCGCUGGAUACGGCACCACCGAGGCCACGGGUCCCACCAUCAGCAUCCCCGGGCUUACCGAAGCUCAAAAUAGCAACCUGGUCCACCAAGUCGCCGAGAUCGCGGCAACUGCCGCAACCGUUGCUGCUAGGAACGUCCAAGGCCACAGACGAGGCCCGCCGGGCGUCAUCUCAACGGCGGCCCAUCACCCAACCUCGGGGGGUCAUUCGGGUACUGCACGCGGCGGCGCUUUCAUUCCCGGGCAAGACGAUGGGGCAGGGCCGACAGGCGCACAGGCAGACAGCCAUGGCGGCCAUGAUGCGCCCAACUGGAGCCGACUCAAGAGCUCCAUCAUCCUGAUGGGUGCGACCGUGCUGUAUGCCGUCAUCGCGGAGAUCCUCGUGGACACGGUCGACGUUGUGCUCGAGAGCUUUGACAUCGACGAGAAAUUCCUCGGGAUCACGCUGUUUGCGCUGGUACCCAAUACUACCGAGUUCCUUAACGCCAUCUCGUUCGCCAUGAACGGCAAUAUUGCCCUCUCCAUGGAGAUUGGAUCCGCCUAUGCUCUGCAGGUAUGCCUUCUGCAGGUUCCCGCUCUGGUGCUCUUCUCGGCCGUCAACCCGCAAAGGAUCCCGGCCGAGGACGUUGCACGGUACACCUUCAGCUUGCUCUUUCCCCAGUGGGAUAUGGUGACAGUAAUUCUGUGCGUGUUCCUCCUUAGCUACAUGUACGGCGAAGGCAAGAGCAACUAUUUCAAGGGUAGCAUUCUGCUGCUGAGCUACAUGGUCGUCAUUGUCGGUUUCUACUCCAGUGGCUUCGGCACCAGCCUGGACGACCCUGAGAAAGGGGUGAGCCGGUUUGACACUUUGGGGACGGAUGGUCAGUGGACGAGCUAUAAUUUCAAAACCAUUGGAAGGGGCCUCUCCGGGCCGGCAUACUGAGACCCUGUGGGGUAUCAAUAUUAAGUCAUGAUGAGAAGCUUUGCUGUUGCUUAUUGGGGGUAGGCUAGCCGUAAUUG